CCGCAGCUAAUUCGGUCUAUGAGUCAUAGGCGUGAGCCAUACGGUGCGGUGAGAAUAAGAUGGCGGGGAAGAAGAACGUCCUGUCGUCUCUUGCAGUUUAUGCGGAAUAUUCAGACCCUGAGUCUGAUGGCGAAGGCGGAGUCGACGCUGUGGGCGGUGUGGCUGAAGAGAAAGGUGGCUUGGUAUCUGAUGCCUAUGGAGAAGAUGACUUCUCUCGCCUAGGAGGUGAUGAAGAUGGUUACGAGGAGGGGGAGGAUGAGAACAGUAAGCAGUCGGAAGAUGACGAUUCAGAGACUGAAAAACCUGAGGCUGAUGACCCAAAGGAUAAUACAGAAGCAGAGAAGAGGGAUCCCCAGGAGUUAGUGGCCUCCUUUUCUGAAAGGGUCCGAAACAUGUCACCUGAUGAAAUCAAGAUCCCACCAGAACCGCCUGGCAGAUGUUCGAAUCACUUACAAGAUAAGAUCCAGAAACUGUAUGAGCGCAAGAUGAAGGAGGGGAUGGACAUGAACUACAUCAUCCAGCGAAAGAAGGAGUUCCGCAACCCCAGCAUCUACGAGAAACUGAUCCAGUUCUGUGCCAUUGAUGAGCUGGGCACCAACUACCCGAAGGAUAUGUUUGACCCCCAUGGCUGGUCCGAAGACUCCUACUAUGAGGCAUUAGCCAAGGCCCAGAAAAUUGAAAUGGACAAAUUGGAAAAGGCCAAAAAAGAGCGAACCAAAAUUGAGUUUGUAACGGGCACCAAGAAAGGCACCACGACCAAUGCCACAGCCACCACCACCACUACUGCCAGCACAGCGGUCGCAGAUGCCCAAAAGAGAAAGAGCAAGUGGGACUCUGCCAUCCCAGUGACAACAAUAGCACAGCCCACCAUCCUCACCACCACAGCCACUCUGCCAGCGGUGGUCACUGUCACCACCAGUGCCAGUGGCUCCAAGACCACCGUUAUCUCCGCUGUGGGCACCAUCGUGAAGAAGGCCAAGCAGUGACCAGAGGACACCCCCAGGACUUGAUAGGACUGUGCAGCCCAGUGACCUCUACUCACUGGGAGGCGCCACUCUGUAUGUUUCAGGACUGAGAUGUGCUCUCCACGUGCCUUUCAAGAGGAGCCUCUCUGUGACAUUCCAGCCGCAAGAACAGUACAGCAGAGGCAGUGGGGUGCGUUGGACAGGACCGUCCAUACACCUCAAUUAAAAGUACUGCAUUCUUAGGUCCUGGCAUGUCAGGUGCACUGGCCUCGCCCAUGCUGUGUUCAGGCAAACAUGACGCUCAAGUGCCCAGCUCAGGGUUAGUGCUCAGGAUGA